CAACAGGGUUGUCAAGGAGCAGAAUCUACAUGCUAGCUCGUUAGCCUAGCCACCAAUGCUAACCGCGAAACUCGGCCGUCGGCUUUCUCACCGAUAUGGUUAUCCUCGAUGUGCAAGAUGAGCUCGGCCAGGGAAUCGAAGUGCAGCCCGCAGCUGCCGAACCUGCAAGCGUUGGAAAAGAAAGAAGCAGCGGCGAUGCCUGUCAUGGUCCCUGAUGCAUUGGAAGCGCGGGGCUGACGGCCGGAACACAGCGGUGGGAACCGCUGUUGUCGUAGGAGCAGUGCGCGCCGCGGUACCUACACCGCCUGGCACUUUUACCGAGCUGUGUCAAACUCGACGUAGACAGUUUUACGACGGCGCGCGGAUAACAAACGAGGUUGGAAACAACGAAGUUGGAAAAACAGCUUGUUUUGGUGAUUGCUUGUUCGGCGUGGUUGCGGCCAACAGUAACCAUUAAUCCUGCAAUAAAAAAUGUCACAGCAGCUCCAUUCAGAUGUUAACAGAACUCUGGCCCCAUGUUUAAUGAGAAGUUGUGAUGAACUCAGACCCGGAAAGGCCGUAUGUUUGUAACGCUCCUGGCUGUUCUCAGCGAUUCCCUACAGAAGACCAUCUGAUGAUACAUCGACACAAACAUGAAAUGACCCUUAAGUUUCCUUCUAUAAAGAAUGACAACUUGUUAUCAGAUCAGACGCCAACGCCAACACGCUUCUUAAAGAACUGCGAGGAGGUGGGACUGUUUAGUGAGCUUGACUGCUCAAUUGAGCAGGAGUUUUGCAAGGCCCAGGAAGAAGAGGACUCCAAACAGAACAUUGCUCUGCACAGUCAGGGUGGCCAACACCAGCAAGCCCACUCAAGAUUGGGCAACCACGAUACCAGCAUAGUGAUCCAGCAGGCUUUACCAUCUCCCCAGUCCAGCUCCGUCAUCACUCAGGCUCCAUCCACCAACAGACAGAUCGGGCCUGUCCCUGGCUCUCUGUCCUCACUGCUGCACCUACGAAACAGACAGAGACAGCCUCUGCCAGCCUCCAUGCCUGGAACACUGCCAGACCCAACCAUGCCUGGCUCCUCUGCUGUGUUGAUGCCUAUGGAGAGACAAAUGUCUAUGGGUGGCAACAUGAUGGGUAUGCAAGGUCCCGCCCACAGCAGCCCCUGUUCCUCGGCGCAUAUUCCUUCAAUGCACUCAGAGGCCAAACUGAGGUUGAAGGCUGCACUUUCACACCACCCGGGCACCAUCGCCAACGGAAACAUGAACUCCAUGGGCCAUAUGAUGGAGAUGAUGUCGUCGCGGCAGGAACAAGGCAACCACCAUCACAUGCAUUCUCACUCGCACCCGCACCAACACCUUCAAGCGGCCCAACACGCGUACCAGCAUCAUGGCCAUCACCACCACAGCCAGAGCCACGGACAAAGCCACGGCCAGGGAGGCCACCAUCACCCGCAGGGACACAACCCCCAUCACAACUCCCACAACGCUCAUCUCCAUCCUGGGCACCCACAUCAGACAUCACCACACCCUCAGAUGCACUCAGCUUCACAGAUGUCCCCCGCCACCCAGCACAUGCAGCCAACGCAGACGCUUCAUUCUCCGCCUCCGAGCAGCGGACGGCGGCGGCGAGUGGUGGACGAAGAUCCAGAUGAACGUCGGCGAAAGUUUUUGGAACGAAACCGAGCAGCGGCGACACGAUGCAGACAGAAGAGGAAAGUGUGGGUGAUGUCGUUAGAGAAGAAAGCGGAAGAGCUCACGCAGACUAACAUGCAGCUUCAGAAUGAAGUGACGAUGUUAAAGAACGAGGUGACCCAGCUCAAGCAGCUCCUCCUCACACACAAAGACUGUCCCAUCACCACUAUGCAAAAAGACUCCCAAGGUUACCUCAGUCCAGAAAGCAGUCCGUCAGGAAGUCCAUCUCCAGCUUGCACGCAGCAACAAGUCAUUCAGCACAACACCAUCACCACCUCCACCACCACCAUAGGUGGCAGCAAUGUGCACGGACAAGCCAACAGCCGAACAGACAUUAACCCCAUCCACUAGGGGAGCUGACGAACUAUUCAGCCCUUGUGGUCGCCCCUCACGCCUGCCUCCGCCCCGAAUCACCUCUGCUUUUUUGAGGCUCUGCAGCUGCACAUGUCACCCCCCACCCUCAACCCAUCAAGAGAAACCUCAAAGGCCUCCAAGGCUGUUCUUUUUACAGUAGCCAUGGUAUGUAUUUUUAUAGACCCUAUAAUGCAUACAUGUUUUAUGGUAUGUUGCCUAUCUUUUUUCUUUUUUUACACUUGAUUUUGUGAGCAGCAUUGGUGUGCAUUUUUUUACCCUGAUGUGUAACGGUACAAAAUGGACCAAAGUGUUCGUGGAACAAGAGGGAAGAGACUGGAGACUUAAGUUGGACUGGAUCAUGAGUCAAAUAUUUCCCUGCACAGCUUUCUAUGUGGACAGAUAGCAUGUUCUCACAAUUGUUUAGUAGAACAUUUUACUCAAGGUAAAAUUUAAUUUUUUGGAAAAAAAAAAUUCUGUAACAAUUGUUAAAACCUAAAGAUACGAGCUGCAUUCUAGCUGAUUUGCUCAGUGAUGUAUUUUUAGGAUUUCACUUUAGUAGUUUCUUGUAUUAUUUUCAUUGCAAGAAAAAAAAUAUAUUGAGCAAAACAAAUUGUUUUUUGUACAAUGGCCAACUAAAUUCUUGUGAGAACAGGUAUAGACUUUAUAUCAAGUACAUUUAGGUCCUGAUGUAUUUCAGCAAUUAGGAUAUGACUGCAUGAAAAAAAUAACAUCUAUAUCUGAUUGAAGUCUUGACUUUUGUCACAUUUUUCCCCCACAAAAAUACACUACAGUAGCAUCUUGAGGUAUAAACGUUUUGAGUUGCAAAGUCACAGAACAAAUCUGUACAUCAGGACACCACUGUAAACAAGGCAUGUGCCAGUAUGAGAUUUUGACGGUGUGAUAACCUUAAGCAAAAAUACCACGGUUUCACUGUCUCACGGUAUUGCAGUUAUAGCUCUAAAAUGUGUUAUUUAAAGAUGUAUGGGUUAAAAAAAAAAUCCACUGAACAGGAUUUUUAAAAAUAAUUUUUCACAUCAUAUUUGCAAAUUGGAACAUCAACAUGAAUAUGAUGUUAAAAUAAAUAAAACAAUAAAUUACAUAAUUGAUCAUGAAUAUGAUGUUAAAAUAAAUAAAACAACAAUAAAUUACAUAAUUGAUGAAUUAAUCAAUAGAACUUAUAUACUAAACCCACUGCCACAGCUCAAGUUGCUAAGCAUUAGAAGAAAAAUAUUUUCCAUAAAAAAAUAAAAGCACUUCUAAAUAAAAUUAAAAUAUUGCGGGCACUUCACUGACUUUAAAGCGCAAUCUCAAUUUUUCCAGACUUACUCAUUUUCUACAUAUUUCUCACUCAGUCCAAGUUAUGAUGCAGGAAUGUGAGUAUGUUUACCUUUUCUGGGUUAAUAUAACAUUACUACUAUUAACAUUAAUUAGCAAAUAAUUAACAAAAAUGGCGCGUGUGUGUAUGAUUCGUAUCAUUAUUUACACAUUAUACACACACCCCCACACACACCUUCUCUCAACACAAAGUCACCAGAGAGAAAGAAAUAGCACAGGCUGUAUUAAGAAAAUGUUAUUUUGAACAGAUGUUUACAAUGGCAUAAGACUUUACAAAGUACGCUUAUAGUGAGGAUAGUGAGAAAACAAGUUAGCCAUCUUGACAUGCUAACGAGCCACGUUAAUAGCCUCGUCAACAAGCUUAUAUUAUACUGUAGUAUUUGUUUUACCAUUGCUAGACACACGAAGCACGCUGGAGUGAACUCUCAUAGUUGGUCGGAAACGUUCAUGACCGCGUUUACUUAUUAAAUUUUAUGUAAAGUGACAGAUGAGUUCACGUAAAUGUGAAAUCAUGUUGGAAGUGUUGCCUGUGUCAGUUGUCCUUCCCCCUCUAAGCCGCAGCCGUCUGUUUUUUUUUCGGUAGACGAAAUACUAAUACCUAAUACUAAUUCCAUACAAGUGACUGUCUUUGUUGAGGGGGGGAAAACUCAGGUGUAGUGUGAUUGACAGACACAGGACAGAGCAACAACUGGAGGGAGAGGGGGAGCUUUGCCGCUUCAAGCCAUUUCUUUCUGCAUUUUCGGGACAUAAAAAAUAGCUAAUACCAUACAACGGUAUGACGAAGCAUUUUAGUGGUUUUGAAACCAUAACGUUUUCAUACCACAGUAAACCUUGAAAUCGGUAACCGGCACAUGCCUGCUGUAAACUAAUACCAAUUAAGUUCCAUUUAUAUCCAGACAAAAGGACAAAAGUGUAAAUACAUCCCACCCAUAACUUUCUCUCCAAAACAUGACCAAAAAAACCUGUUCAAAUACAUAAGGACCUAAAUGUAAAUGUGUAUGUUGCCAUCUCAACAAGUAAGGUGUGACGGUGUCACCUCUAAACAAAUCACCAUACUCCUUCUUUCCUUCCCAAGGAGACUGUUUAACCUCAUUGCUGCCAGUCUUAAAGAAUCACAUGAACUUCAUGGUGAUGGUGAAAGCUUCGUGUUGUGUGGGUCACAUCAAAUAACUUCUGAACACUGUGAUAGCAGCGGGGCAGCUUUUCGAGUCACAGCAAUCUUCUCCGGGACCACCCUAAGCUUUAAAUGAGCGGUGGGGAACCUUUUUCCCCAUCAGUUUUUAUAAGUCCUCCGAGGGCCAUUAUAAAUUUGACAAAAUAUGACAUAGCGAUCAAACAAAUGUGUAUUAUUACAUAUUGUGAGCACUUUUUUAAUUAUUUUUAACAGCUCCUCUUGAGUUUUUAUAGUUGCAUGAAAGUCCGGAUCGAAUCCGCAUAUGGAUAAUAGGGUGCAUGUCUACGUGAGAGCGCAUCUCUGUUUAACUGGAGAGAAGCAAUUUAUGCCAGUGAUUUCCCAAAAUAUCACAAUGUGCCUCGGUUAUUGUCUUUACUUACUCUGAAUGUUCCUAUCUAUUUCAGUCUCGUUAUGCUAUUGAUAGUUUUGCCUUAUUGGCGUCUGUCUUGAAUAUCGUUUUCAUUAUUCAUUAUCUUCAUUAAUCUUUCUCAGGCAUUUUUCGGUUUUGAACUUAAUGGCGACAUACUGUAUGCGCUCCCCUUAAAGGAAACAGGAACUUUUCUUCCACCUUGUGACCAGGAAUGUCCACGUGAGCACCCUAAAGCACUGUGUUGUAUAGGAAAGUGAAGCAGAGCUGUCUAUGCACUUUGUCCUCUGCAGUGCCAGAGGGUCGAAUAGCCAUAUUAAACUGUCAUUCUCAGUGACCUCCUUGCCCUAAAUACACCAGCGAGAAACUUGUUUGGGUCUCAGUUGAAAGGAGUUAACUAAAAUUCUUCUGUUACAGUUUCACUUCACGUGUUGACUUUAGUUUCUCCUAAAAAGGGCUUCAUUUGAACUUUUUUUACCAUUUUUACCAUUAAUUAGUAACUCAUUGUUGGCAACGACAUCCAAACCAUUUGAACUGGGAGAGAUGGCAGCAGUGUUGUUUUUGGCAGCCCUUUUAAUUUUUGUCUUUGUCUUUUGGACAAAAAUACUUAUUAGUCUUAGUCAUAUUUUAGUCAUUUCAAAAUGUGUUCGUCUUCUAGUUUUAGUCAACAGUAGGGCUGCAGCCAUCGAUUAUUUUAGUAGUUGAUUAAUCGAUGAACUACUUAGUUUGAAUAAUCGAGUAAUCGGAUAAGGAACAUAAGAAAUUAAAAUAUUUGGGCCUGAAACGAUAGAGAAAAAUAAAUGAGGAUGUAAGUACAACAAAAGAACAAUUAACUAACUUAAAUAGCAAAAGUCCACAAAAAACGGCUAAUUAUACCUAUAAACUAAAUUACGAAUGCAUUUAAAAAAAAAACAUUAGCUAAAACAAAAACUUAGCUUAUGUUGGUCUUAACUGGGAGCAGUUGGAUUCACCCAUGUAAAAUGAGUUAUGUCAUAUUCACUGUUGCCUUUAGAGGGCAGUGAAUCCACCCAAAUCAAUAAACUACAGUAAAUGCAAACACCUUCAAAACGACUGUGCCACUUUAAUUAAACGAAUACUCGAAGCAGCAAAACUUAAUUCGAAUCUAUUUUCUAAUCGAAUUAUUCGAGUUAAUCGAUUAAUUGUUGCAGCACUAGUCAACAGCUACUCAAAAUGUUUUCGUCUGGAAAAUUCAAAAGUUUUAGUCCAAAAAUGUUUCAGUAGCGUCUACAAGGACAACACCAACUUCAUUAUGAUAAUAGACACUCAGCAGGAAAAUUAGUACAUUAUUUUCAAUUAAACUCGUCUAGAAGCCACGAACUCUAUGGAAUAAAAAGUUGUCCGAAUGUUGAAGUUGAUGCUCGCCACGCUAAUGUUGAUACAAAUGCUAACGCAAUUGCUAUGCUAACAAAUAGUUAGAUUUAGUGUGGGAUGACCACUCAGCUCAGACCUUUAAAAGCUAAAGCAACACUGCAUAUUCUUUCUUGCAAAGAGAAAACAAAUCUUACCACGUUUUUCCAAACAAGCUAGAUGGAGCACAACCCAGCUUGAAACACAUCCUACACUCCAGUCAGGAGAGUGAGGGAGAGGCGCAGCACAUCUCAGAUUAGUGUCAAGAGGUGGGUAGUAAUGCGUUAUCUACUGGAGUAACUUUAAAAGAGAAAAAAAGUACUUAUAAGAGUAGUUUUACUAAGCCAUAUUUUUUACUUGAGUAGAUUUGUGAAGAAGAAACGUUAAUUAUACUCAGCUACUUUGGGCUACACUAGUCAUUACAUUUUUCCUCUUUUUUCUACAAAUUACAUUUUAAUUUUUUUUUCAGUGAUGCCAACAGUUGCUCUACCAGUUUCACCAAUGAGACAUCACAAAAAUAAUCACAUGACUCUAUUGUACCAAUAAGACUCAAGUGUACAGUUCUAUGAUCACACCGGCCUGUUCAAUCACAUGGCGUCUUUAAAGCACUGUAAUAAAAUAAAAGUAUUCGACAUAAAGCGCUGCCCUCUACAUGACUCGAAAGCGUGGAUUUGAACCUCACUCCCAGUUUAUAUUUGGCACUGACUGACCACAGAAAAGGAGAGAGAUGUUUCUUUUAUAUAUUUGGCACUGACUGACCACAGAAAAGGAGAGAGAUGUUUCUUUUAAUUUUAUAACAGGAACUAUUCAACUAUUCAAAUAAGGAACUAUUUCCUCCACUAGAGGGCACUUAUGCUCUUUGGACCAAUGACGCUUCAGUUCUGCAGAUUUUUUUUUCUCUCGCCAGGUUUUUUUUUCCCCCCCCUUUGGCUUAAUGCUGUUAUGUAAUAGCUUAUAGUACAGUAUAUGAACAGUUUAUUGAAAUAACUGUGCUGAGAAAAAGGAAUACCAUUGUUUAAAAAAAAUCGUAAGCAGUUACUCACAAUGUUACUCAUUUCUGAGGAUUCUUUUCACCAAAUACUUUUUUACUUGAGUAUAUUUUUUGGAUUACUACUUUUACUGGCGUAAUAUUAUUCUGAAGUAACACUUCUUUUACAUGAGUAAAAUCUUUGGCUACUCUACCCACAUCUGUGAGUGACACGACCCAAACACUGCUACGAUGUAAGCUGACAUACUCCACGUACGAUAUGAAAAUGUCACGCAUAUGACAGAAACUGUCGCAUCCUCUCGUUGUCGUCUCGUUAUGUUGCAGUCUCCCAAACCACAUUUUUAGCUCGUGAAAAUAUGGGUCGUCGACGAAAUACUUCGUUAUCGUCAUUGUUGACGAAAACAACACUGGAUGGCAGCGAAUGAAUAUCCCUCCAGUUCAAAUGCAUUGGAUGUCUAUUAGUGAUGAACUAAUUUCAAAUUCACAGAAGAAGGAUGAAAAGAGCCAAAUGAUUGGACAUGUGUGGUCGGCAAUGGCGCUGAAAGAGUUAAUGAUUCUCAAAAGUGGAUCUAAGAAUUGUGGAAAAAUGAUUUGCAAAAAAUUAAAUAAAAUACACCAAUUUCUCCCAAUGUGAUUGAGAUGUAUUAACAAUAAAAUCUAACAUUUCUUUACGAAUAAAUUCAUAUUUUGUUAAUAAUUAGACAUAAAGCUUUCUUUUCAACUCAAUUUUUUCACUUUGCAUAUAUUUUAAAAUUUUGUUCUCCUAGGAUUAUACUAUUUUACCCCAACAAAACACAUCUUUAUUUUAGUAAAGAUUUAAAACAAAAUGCAUGAUUGAAAAAUUACUUUUUCUCUCCAAAACAAAAAUGUGAAUUUUCUCAUAUUAUUAUUUUUCCCCCCACUCAAAUAUAAGCUACUUUUUAAUCCAUAUGGCAUUUAAAGGUACAUGUGGUAGCUAGGUUAAUGAGGGGAGAGUUCUUGGGGGAAAAAAAUACCUGUACAGGGUCCGCAGACAAAAAAAUAAUCCCUGGAUUACAUUCCAAAUCAAACUCUUCUGAAUGGGAUAUUUACAGUAUUUCAACUGGAAUUCUAAUGAAGACAUCACUGUGGGUGGGGAACCUUUCUAGUAUAAGUCCUCAGGGCCAUACUAAAAAAAAACAUGAAGUGGUCAUUUUAUAUCAUAAGCUUUUGUCUGCCUUUUUUCUAACACUUCCUCUUGGGUUUGUUUUAAAUUGCAUUGUGGGCCGUAUCAAAUGCUCGCGGGAUGUAGGUUUCCUGCUCCUGCACUCCAGGAAAGCUAUGUGUUGCUUUAUAUGAAAAAAAGAAAUACGUUCAGUGCAACUGUUUGUGUACAAGAACAAUUCUUACGCGUUAAUACAUGUAUAAUUUUAUGUGUAAAAGUGUAAAUAUUGUACAUAAGGCAAUGAAUUUCUAUAAUCACAUACAUGUAAUGCAACUACCUUUCUUUUUUGAAGGGAAUACAUGUGUGGCACAUGUGUGUAAAUAAUGUUUGCAUACAGCACUUGUACCUUUUGUCAUACGUCGAGGCUCAUUUCAGCGCUUAAUUUGCUUAUAUGUCAUGAACUGACCCUGACCCUUGCCUGCAUAACUUUGUACAUUUUUUUGGGUGUCCUUUUGUCGGCUUGUUUUGGCCAUUUGUACAGAUGUUCAACAUUAUCUCUGCAGUAACAUUCUGAAAAUAAAGCACUUGCUCUGCAACAUGCAGCAAAGAGACUUGAGUUGAUUUCGUAACUGGAUAAGUGGAAAAGUGAUUCCAGCAGGUCUUUGCGACAUAAACGCUCAUUAUUUUAUUGUCAGCAAUUGAUGGUGAUAGACAUCCAAUCCAUUUCACCUGGGAGCUGCCCAGAUUUCCCAAUUGGAAUAGAAUAGAAUAGAAUAGAAUAGAAUAGAAUAGAAUAGAAUAGAAUAGAAUAGAAUAGAAUAGAAUAGAAUAGAAUAGAAUAGGUCUUUAUUGCCAUUGUCAACAACGAAACAUUGUGAACAUUGAUCGCCGUCCAUGGCUGUGAAAGUGUUAACCUGUUGAUGCCUAUUGUCGCGAAGAGGCAUGUGCAGGUAAUAUGAGAUUCU